GGAAAUCACGGGACUUCAAACAUGGACGAAAAAACUUGGCGAAAUUUUCUCAAUGAACAUCCGAUUUUUGAUGAAAUUAGGCAAGCGAAUGCGAAUCAAAGGGUGCCAACCGAAUCUCUAGAUAUAUUGGCAGUAGAAGAUGGCGAAGUUUUCGUUUGGAAUGCUAGCACAGCAAACAUACUGACCGCAAAUCUAAAAAAUUUUGUUCAGAAAAAUGACCGCUCAGCACAUUUUCAGACCCUUAUAUGCAACAAUGCUCCAGUGUUCAAUGUUUCAUCUCUGCUGUUUAACCAGACUGGCCACCAGGUGGCUCUUGUAGGCUCAUGCGGAAUCAGUGUUGUUCAGUUACCUCGGCAUUGUGGGAAACAUGCUGAAUUUGAAGGUGGGAAGCCUAAAAUAUCAUGCAAAACAAUCCCUGUUGCUGAGAGAUUUUUCUUGACCAAUGACAGAGUGCGUGUACUACAUGCAGCGUGGCAUCCUGGGAGUGAGACGGGACAACAUCUUGUCGUGUUAACAUCAGAUGAUACAAUCAGAAUUUACAAUAUAAAUGAGCCUCAACAUGCAGAUCAGACCUUCCAUCUCUCGGAUCUUCCUCUUAAUGUCACAACGGCGGUCUCCCGAUCUGUCUUCGCUGAGGUCUCCAUGGGUGAAAUAGCAGUCUCAUUUGACUUUGGCCCUCCACAUGACAUUAAGCUGAGUUCCCUUAGUAAAGCAAAGACCGAAAUUGCGUGGCCGAUUUAUAUACUGAAAGGGAAUGGAGAUGUUUAUUCUCUGAACACGUCCGUUAAUGCGAGAGGUAUCAAGAGCAAAGUGACAGGUCCCCUAGCAAUGCAUCCUCCAGCUGAAGACAACUAUGGAGUAGACGCCUGUUCUAUCAGAUGUAUUCAUUCCUCACCCCCAGUUAUCGUUAUAGCAACCUGCUCAGGAAACCUGCAUCACUGUAUACUUCUGAGUGGUGAUCAAAAUGAUGAUGUAUCGUCUUCAUUUUUCAAUGCUGGUUCCAACUCUACCCUUGCCUUUGACGAUACUUCGGAAGCUGUAAUGUAUGUGUAUGAAACUGUUGAACUUGAGUUGUCCCUAACAACAGUUGCUAUAGAGACAGAUGAAGUUGUAGAUAAUGAUUUCAACUGCCCCAUCACUCUACAUAAAGAUGUUGCAACACUUCACAGAUACCACUGCUCCCACAGUUCAGGGGUACACACUGUUGUAUUACCGUGGUUACCAAAGUUUGAGGAGUUCUGUCAGCUAGAUGCACAAGAUGUGAUGUCUCAAUUAGGUCAACAGGAAGAGGCAAUUGUGGAACAUCUAGUGUGCACCAAACCAAUGUCUACCAGUGCCCCAUCCCCUAUACUAGGCCUAUGUAUGACAGUCGAACAUCUACUGGGUGCCACACUCAUGUGUCUUACAUCAUCAUAUGACUGCAUAGCUCUGCCUUUGUUGAGCAGUCACAGAGGAGUCCCGCCACCACUUCUCUCAUCAUCUCCCAGUAAGAGAGCCCUGUCUCCUCUACGUGCACUCCAAAAGGAACCAUUCAAUCAACACAUUGCUAAGAUACUCAAGAGAAACGCAUCAAAUCCCAUACUUAAGACUGACUCGAAUACUGACCUGUCUCCACAAGAAUGUUUCCAACUGCUGACAAGGGCAAGUCAAGUCUUCAGAGAGGAAUACAUUCAGAAACAUGACCUGGCGAGAGAGGAAAUAGAACGCAGGGUUAGAAUCUUGAAGCAACAGAAAGAGGUGCAACAAUCAGAUCUAGAAUAUUGUAAAGUUAUGAAAGAUGAGCUGACAGAUUCUGCGCGUAAUCUAGCAGAGAAAUAUGAGGAUGCUUUGGACAGGCAGCAGGCUAUUGUCUCCAGAGUUGACAACAUUCUACGUAAAGUGCAAUUGAAACUCCCUGUUCUCUCUGAUGCUGAAAGAACCAUGCAACGAGAUCUGAAAACCAUGGACACAAAGCUGAAACAUUUCAAGAACUCUAUUGAGCAGAUCAAGAUAAAGCAGGACUACCAGAGAAGGCAGAUCUCCCAGCAACAAAGACAGGACUCCAGAGGGCAGCACGGGUCACCAGUCAUGUCUAAAUCACAAACUCAACAACUAAAGAAAGUUUUGAUGGAAGAGAGUGAGCAGAUCAGUAACCUGGUGAAACAAGUGAAUGAAAUCAAGAUGGCUGUCAAUGGUUGACAAGAAACAGGUUGUCAAUGGUUGAAAAGAAAUUGGCUGACAAUGUAAACAAUCCUACAAUGGUUGGCUAAAGGGCAAGAUGACAAUUCCUUUGAUGUUUCACAAUACUGUAAAGACUCUCAAAUGGAGCAAUUCGCAAGUGGAACAAUUUUUCCUGUUACCCAUUGACUUCAUAAUGAUUAAUCUGUAAGUGGCACACCUUUGUGGUCCCAAUGGCUUUCCACUCACACAUUAUUUACUUAUUUACUGUAUAAAGUAUGUAAAAGUGUUGUCACAAGAUUCCUGCAGUGGCAAAAACAUGACCAAAUAAGGAAUCAUUUUAUGUUUAACAAUAUAAACAAUCUUGCAAUGUGGUGGAUGUAGAAUCCAGCAGUUAAUGCCAAAUGGACAAUCGUGCAGUGAUUUUUAAAUCUGCUAAACAAGCAGCUCUGUGCGUCCAACAUGAACAAUUCUGCACAUAACAUGUACACACAUUUUCCUAAAAAUACAUGUAUACAAACUUUAAAAAAAUGCCUCAGUUUGUAUUAAUCACACAAUUAUACAGAAAUGGUUCUAAAAAUUUUAAUAGCCAUAAAUAUUAAUUUUUCAUCAUAGAUAUUUUGAGAAGAGAAAACAACAUUUCAAAGAGAAUGUUUGGCAUGCUAAUGACAGUUGAUGACGGAAUCUGGUUUAGCUGACUCAGAUUGACUGACAUGAUGACAUCAUAUGCAACACAUAGAUGUCAAACAACUCUGACAUAAAGUAUUCCCUUUGCAAAUAUUUCAUUUCACUAAUGAUUUUAUAUCAAUUUGUUUUAUCAAUUUAUUUAAUUAUUUUGAAAAGCUUUUGGAAAAGUUGCUCAUAUCUAUCCAUGAUUCUACUUAACAAUUCAUUAUAUUUUCCAUUACAUAUUUUAUCAUUUAAAAAGCAUUUCUAAUUGUUAUGCUAUAUAGAUAGCUCUUCAGAUAUUCUUGUUUUAUGGUUGAUUUGGUUUUGUUAGUUUUGUUUUAUGUUUUCUUGACAGUUGCUUGACUUGGUGGUGACAAUGCGUUUGAAGUGUCAUCAAGGUUUCAGUCACAUGCAAACAAUACAGCGUAAAUUGCAGUUUACCUGUGCUUACUACAAACACAUGUGUAGACAAAUGACACGGAGACAAUAUCAGAAUGUAUAAAAGUCAUUUCUAAUUUACCCAGAUAAAUUAAAUAAUGUUAAAAAUCUGAAAUGUUACUUUUAAAUGCUGCCAUUGGCACAGUGUGGUCAAUUCACUGUCAACCACAAUUGUGACAGUAUUUUAUGAAAUAAUUUUGAUUGCAAUUUCGGGUAGCAAGACU